ACGAAACAGCCCGCGACACGAAGCCGACCGACCCUAGCCUUUCAAUGUUUCGUCCAAAACGUCAUCAACGCUACCGCCGUCUCUCAAGCAGUCCUCGUGCUCAGCCUCUGGUAUAUCGAACGUCUCCGGUCGAAAAACAUUGCUGCAGUCACGGCUGGAGGGAGUGAAUACCGCUUAUGUGCGACCGGUAUGAUGUUGGCCAACAAGUACCUCGAUGACAACACGUACACCUCGAAGACGUGGUCGAGCAUGACUGGGAUCCCCUUGAAUGAGAUGAACCUCAUGGAAAUCGAGUUUCUCGCUUCACUCGACCACAACGUCGGCAUCUCUGACGAAGCGUAUUUAUCUUGGCUU